UGCCUGUAUCCAGCCGAUCGAGCUGAACAGAAUAGUGAUCCAUGAUCGUCAGUUCAUCACCCACCCACCCUGGCCUGCGAUCAUGCAUGUUCCGAUCCUUCUCCCGCCGCAACAACCUCCUCCUCUUUCCUCCCCUCUCUCAUCUGCAAGCGGCAUGCAAGCGACUACUAGUAUAUAACCUUCUCUUCUUCUCCCCUUGGCCCUCCUCCUCUCUCUCCCUUUCCUUUUCUUCAUUCCCGGCCUCGACUCUCUCCGAUCCUCUCUCUCUCUCUCUCGCGAGGACAACGUACGCUACAUGUCGCUGCAGCAGCGGCUGUAGCUAGCCAUGCAGGACCACGUGUCGGCCUACAUGCACCGGAGCGGCGAGCAGCAAGCGGCGCCGUCGUCCUGCGACCUCGCCGCCGUCGACGACGUUCCGGCCAACGGCCACAAACCCGGCAAGGCCGUCACCGCCUCAGUCUACCGCGCUAAGAUCGCCGGCCACUCGCGGGUCGUCACCGUGUCCUGGUCCCGCGACCUCCUUUCGCACGCCUUCGCCGUCGCCAUCUCCGGGGCCGACGGCGCCGCCGCCGAGUGCAGGAUCGAGCUCCGGCCGUGGCAGUUCUGGCGGCGCGCCGGGUCGCGCCGCGUCGAGCUCGGCGGCGGCGCGUCCACGGCGCCCGCGACGGUGCGCGUGCUCUGGGACCUCCGCCGCGCGCGGUUCGGGGCCGGGAUCCCGGAGCCCCGGGGCGGGUACUACGUCGCCCUCGAGGCCGCCGGCGAGGUGGUCCUGGUCCAGGGCGACAUGCGCCGGGACGCGCUCCGGCGCGCGGCGUGCGCGCCCGCGGAGGCCGAGGCCGUGCCCGUGGCGCGGCGGGAGCACGUGUUCGGGCGGCGGCGGUUCGCGGCCAAGGCGCGGUUCCACGACCAGGGCGACGUGCACGACAUCGCCAUCGAGUGCGGCGGCGGCGGCGAGGGCGGGGACGCCGACAUGGAGAUGACCAUCGCCAUCGACGGCGAGGAGGCGGUGCAGGUGAAGCACCUGCAGUGGAAGUUCCGGGGCAACCAGUCGCUCACCUUCAGCCGGGCCAAGGUGGAGGUCUACUGGGACGUGCACGACUGGCUCUUCAGCGCCGGCGCGCGGCCGGCGCUCUUCAUCUUCCGCCCGAUCGUGCUGUCCAGCGCGUCGGCGCCGGCGGGGAUGGCGGCGGCGCUGCUCGACGGGACGGUGGCCACCACCGGCUUCUGCUUGUACCUCUACGCGUGGAAGCUCGACUGAGCCAGGCCAGCUAACGACAUUACCUUGCCUUGCUAGCUGGGUCUCUGCUGCUAGCAACCAUGCAUGUUGUUGAUGAGAUUGUCUGUCGGCGAAAAUGCCUGCCUGUGAACUAAAGUUGACGAGUAAGAAAUUUUUCUUUGAUUUUGUAAUUCUUGAAAAAAAAGGUUACAUAACUAUUGGAUAUAUAUAAUUCUUGAAGUUAAGCUGCUAAGAGGCCA